GCCGCGGAGCCAGCGCCGUACCGCGGCGGCCCGGGCGAGUGAGCGAUAAGGAGCUCUGGGCAGGCUCCGGCUGAGUCACCCUCGGUUCACUUAUCGCGAACUGCUCUUCCUUAGGGCAGGCUGGUGCAAGCGUACGCGCUGGCUCCGACCGCGGCACGGCCAUACCUUGCGCGCUCCCCGAGAACGUCCCGGUGGCUUUGCUGGAAGCGCUCCGGGCCGCCGGUGGUGCGGUUCGGCCUCCGGCCACCCCUUCCCCUGCCCGGCUGCCCGCUGCCCCCGGCGCCGCAGCCUCGGGGGACUGCACGGCACUCGCUGCCAGGAGAUCGCUUGGUCGGGACGAAGCCUCUAACUAAUCUCCAGAAGGCCUGGAAAGAAGCAGCAGCGAGCAGACUGAUGCAAAAAUGAUAGCUGCAGGAAAAUUUUCAAGUCUUCCCAGAAAUGGCCCAGUGAACCACCAGUUCCCACUAGCUUCUUCCAUGGACCUUUUGACCACUAAACCUUCACCAACUGAGCAUCGCUUAGACUCCUUUCAAGACAUCUCUAUCCAUGGCACUCUCCCCAGGAAGAAGAAGGGUACAAUUGCCACAAGGUCUUGUGACAUGUUUAGCCACAUGGGAACAUUGCCAAACACCAGAACACAAUGGCAGCAACCAUCUUUUGUACAGGAUGUGAUAGAAGAGUACCCCCCCCAAAAUGGGAAGAGCAACAAACUCAAUACCAGAGAUCAGAAUAUUCUGGAUCCUACUUUGGAAUAUGUUAAGUUUUCUAGGGAGAGGCAAGUUAUGGACAACAGCCCAGAAAAACUGAAGAAGGAGUUAGAGGAAGAACUGCAGCUAAGUAGUGAAGACUUGCGUAGCCAUGCCUGGUACCAUGGACGUAUUCCUCGGCAGGUGGCUGAAGGCUUAGUUCAGAGAGAUGGAGAUUUUCUGAUUAGGGAUUCUCUCUCCAGUCCUGGGAACUUCGUUCUUACCUGUCAGUGGAAAAAUACCUCUCAGCAUUUUAAAAUCAACAGAACAGUUCUAAGACUCAAUGAAGCCUACUGCCGUGUUCAGUAUCAGUUUGAACUUGAAAGUUUCGACAGUAUCCCCGGCUUAAUUAGAUACUAUGUUGGGAAUCGCACACCGAUAUCAAAGCAGAGCGGAGCAAUUAUUUUUCAGCCUAUCAACAGGACUGUGCCUCUCAGGUGUCUAGAAGAAAAGUAUGGUGUAACUCCAGUCCGACAAAAAGAGCUAAGUAUUCCUGAAGGAAAAACAGAAGCUGCAAAAAGGCUGAGUCUUGGUAUAUCCAGCAUGCAAUCCCCGGAGCAGAGUAUAUCCAGAGGAAAUCUUUUGAGAAACAAAGAAAAAUGUGGUAGCCAGCCAGCUAGUUUGGAUCAUGUUCUGGAGAAAAGAUUCCCUUUAAAGGCUCACCAGUCAGAGAGCUAUCUGCUAAUAGGUUCAAGACAUCCAUCUCGAUUACCUGAAGCAGAUGGAGACUCCUGUCCAAGCUCUCCUGCAUUUAGAACAGGCAGUGAACCUUCUCUAAGCCCCACAGUUGUUCAGAAGGUGACCUCAAAGUCACAAGUAGGAGAAGCUCUUAGAGGAUCAGACAGUCAGCUCUGUCCAAAGCCUCCACCAAAACCCACCAAAGCACCCCUGAUGAAGCCCCCAGGUUCUCCUUCAGCUUCCCGCAGUUCAGAAGGACACUACUGUGAACUAAGGCCCACCAGACAUCCUGCAGCAACAACACAACUUUUAUGUCAGAAAAACAGCUAUGUGGAACAUCUGACACGAAAGGAGAGGGGACCACACUCUUUCAGGAACUCUGAAACAAACUAUUUGAUCCUGGAAGAUGACCCUACAAUGAACACUGCAGAUCCUGUAGAAGAUUCAGCUGAGAUGACUGAAGAAGACAGCAUAUUUUCUACACCUGUUCUUGAGACAGUGUCUAGUUUUAAACCAAAUGAUUUUGAAUCCAAACUGCUUCCUCCUGAAAACAAGCCAUUGGAAACAUCAAUGUUAAGAAGAGUUAAGGAGCUUUUCACUAACAACAAUCCAAAGAUUAUUGCACAGCAUAUUCUUAGAAUGGACUGCAAGGUGGCGAGGAUACUAGAAGUUUCUGAAGAGAUGAGGAGGAUUAUGGGCGUGAACUCUGGUCUGGAACUGAUUACCUUGCCUUAUGGACAUCAACUGCGCCUUGACCUAAUUGAAAGACACAAUACCAUGGCAAUUGGAAUAGCUGUGGAUAUCUUGGGUUGCACAGGAAAUCUAGAAGAUAGAGCAGCAACAUUAAACAGGAUCAUCCAAGUCGCAGUGGAGCUGAAGGACUCGCUGGGGGAUUUGUAUGCCUUUUCUGCCAUUAUGAAAGCACUUGAAAUGCCACAGGUCACUAGGUUAGAACAAACCUGGACCUCUCUAAGACAUCAUUAUACCCAGACUGCCAUUAUCUAUGAAAAGCAGCUGAAGCCAUUUAGCAAAGCUUUGCAUGAAGGAGAAGAUGAGUGGAAUAAGACCGUCAGUGCUCCACAGAAUGCUGUAACAGUGCCACUGCUGAUGCCUCUCAUUACCUUGAUGGAGCGACAAGCUGUUGUUUUUGAAGGCAUGGACAUGUGGGAAAGCAGUGACCAAAGCUGCGAAAUAAUGCUCAAGCACUUGGCCACAGCUCGUCAGAUAGCACAGAACGCAGAAACGUACAGCCUGACUGCAGAACGGAUGCUGGAAGGUUUCCAGCCAGAUGAAGAGAUGAGUGAAAUCUUCAAGACAGAAUUUCAAAUGAGAUUGCUCUGGGGCAGCAAAGGAGCACAAGUUAAUCAGAAUGAAAGAUACGAGAAAUUCAGCCAGAUUUUAACUGCACUUUCCCGAAAACUGGAACCUCCUCCAGUGAAGCACGUGGAACGACUAAACAGCAUCUGUAGUACUUUGGCUUCUGCUGGAGCCUGAGCAACAGCUAUGCUGCCAGGAAUGAAUAACGAAAUGGCAAGAACCAAACAAUCCCGAUAAUUAAAUGCUUUCAGAUAUGAGUAAAUGUGGGUGUAUGUAUAUGUUAAACUUGCUUCAUUUACUGAGGUGAAUCACUUUGGUAAGUAGGUGGGUUUUUUUUCCUUUGGAUGAAGGCAAAAGCGUAAGCUUUAGCACUUUUCAUAGGAAAUCAGUGUGUGUGGUGUUUAUAUAAAGAGUGCUUUUGCAGCAAAUUCCACUUUGUCAAAUACAGAAUUGGCAUAUAAGCAUUAUCCUCAGAAGUUGUAUAAAUAUUUAAGCAAGAACUAUGGCUAGAGCUGCGUUAGUAAGCUUAUUUCUGGAGUGAGAUGAUACUUACAGCAUUGAGUAGGCCAGCAUCAAAAUAGUAUUACCUGUUCUCCCCAUCUGCAAUCACAGCAGAGGUUCUACCUCUGUAAGAAGAGGGGGUGACAGACCUCAUACUGAACAUCUCCCUGUCAAUCUUAACAGAAGACAAAUGGGGAAGCUAAAGACUUAGACCAUGAAAAGAUUUUUUUAUUCAUGAAAAUAUUCUCAACAGAGAACACUAUUUUUAAACAAAGCAUUUAACAUUUAGGAAAUCAACAUGUGCACAAAAAAGGAUUAAAAAUUACUCAAAAAUGUAAGAUUCUUUAAGACAAGUCACGUUCAGAAUUUUAGAAUAAGUGAUUUAUAACUAGCUGUGCAAGUACAAAUGUUUUUUUCCUAUGUUUAAUAACCCUCAUACAAGUUGCACUAUCCCUCGUGAAAGCAACUUGCCUCCAAAGGAAGCAAAUCCUGGUUUUAGAAAAACAAACAGUAGCGUGAAAAGAACAUUUAGUCCUUUACCAGGAAGUGUUAUUACUGACCUGCAAGGCUGUUAAGCCAGGCAAACCAUAGGCCCUUUAGCAGAAGAUACACAGAUCACAUUUCCUCCUUUUCUCUAACAUUAAAAUAAAAAGCACUAGGUUUAAAAAAA